GUUUCACCGAACAGAAGCUGAAGCAGAAUCAGAACUGCAGUAGCGUGUGGUUGUUGGGGGAAGGAGAGAGAUGGCGAAUCAGGGCGCUAAGAAGCGGAAGGAAGAGAACGCUCGUCACAUGGCUAGACUUCGCCACAUCAUCAUCGCCUGCAACGUUAUCUAUGUAUUGUUAAGGAUGUUGGUGUUCCAUUCGAGUUUCACAUGGAAGCAUUGGAUUGGGUUGGCUGUGACUUCCUUGGCAUAUGUUAUUCCCUAUCAACAGCUUGCGAAGAUGGCUACCCCUAGUUAUGCUGAUGAUGGUGAACUUUUAGAUGGCGGCUUUGAUAUGUCUACAGGUGGAGUUUGUGGGUAUUUACACGAUGUUAUCUACAUAACAUGCUUUGUGCAAGUCAUGUCCAUCGUCUCUGGAAAGUUUUGGUACACCUAUCUUACGAUACCAGCUUUUGGAGCAUACAAAUCCUUUGGCUUGAUUAAAGGAUUUUUGCCAGGAGGUUCAGAGGAAUCAUUUGAAGAUGAAAAGACCCGCAAGAAGAGGGAAAAGAUGGAGAAGAAGGCAUCAAGACCCAAGUUUGUCAAGUCAAGAACUAGAUAGUUUGUUUGAGUGUACGGCACCCAAUUACACAAUGUAACCCAAUAUCCAAGAUUCACGGAGGUUGCACUGAAACAUGAACUGAAACAUGAAACUUAUUGAGAGCACACGCUGCACAAAGUCUAAGUUGUAUUUCAUGUAUAACAAAUCAAUUUCUUUUUUCAUGCUCUCCAAGAACAUGUAUGCUUACACAGUUUAGAAAGCUAACCUUUGGGAUAUUGGGAUUAAGAGUUAUCAAUUACAGGAGAUUCAUCAUCUUUA